AUGGCUACCACGACCUAUCCCAAAUUCAACGAAAACACUGAAGCACUUGACGUCGCAGGGGCGUUUGCGUCUGAAAUCCGCGGCAAGACAAUCAUGGUUACGGGUGUGAAUCGCGGUGGCACCGGCUUAUCCACCACCCAAGCCUUUGAGUUCCCUAAGGUCAACUAUCGCGGUCUCCAGGUUGACUUCCCCAACCUAGAGUCAGUUCGGAAUGCAGCCUACGAGAUCAUGAGCUGGGCCGACGUACCCACGAUCAAUAUUGUCAUCAACAGCGCCGGGAUAAUGGGCAUUCAAGAACGCACAUUGAGUCAGGAUGGUAUUGAGCUGCACUGUGCAACAAAUCACCUGGGACAUUGGCUCCUUACGUGUCUGAUCAUGCCUAAGUUGAUCAAAGCUGCUGAAAGCAACCCGACAGGCGCCACGCGAGUUGUCAAUGUAAGCUCUGCUUCGGUCCAGGCCUCUGGUAUGCGCUGGAGUGACAUGAACUUUGAGAGAAGGAACAAAGAUCUGCCCGCAGAAGAAGAGCCGAAUUAUGAGUCCCUUUAUGUUCCUCUCGAUGGGUACAAUCGUAGCAAGGGUGCAAAUGUACUCUUUGGCAUUGCGGCAAAUAAGCGAUUAUUCGACAAGCAUGGAAUGUUGACUCUAUCCUUACAUCCUGGGGUCAUUGACACCGAGCUGGGCCGGAACAUGUCGUUGAAGGAUCUGGAAGCUUUUGCGGAUUUGGUCGCUGCAUUGGACCCAAAACUGGCUCAAGGGGUCGGGAAAAGCAAAAACGGCAGCGAAAAUUGGGGAUCCUAUCUGGACAGUUGUCAGAUAAGUGGUAAAGCUCAUCCUCUCGCCAUAUCUAGUGAAGAGGCCGAGAAGCUCUGGGAUGUCUCUGAAAGGUUGGUUGGCCAGACUUUUGCGUGGUGAGUAAUCACUUGGGCGUGAUCUCAAAUAAUGUAAAAUGAGGAAGAGUGACAGUACAGCUAUG